CCUCCAGCCAUGAAUGUUCUGUAAUACUAUCUAAAUGGAACUCUGGAUAAUGGAGUGCUGGGCAAUGGACUGCUGGGUAAUGGAAUUCUGGGUAUUAUUCUGCUUGAGGAAGUCCUUAUCUGCACAGUUAGGGUGAACGGCAUCCCUAAAAAGCACUGUUUCACUCCCUUUCUUUUAAAGAAACCAUUCCACGACCAAAUUUUUAAGGGUUGUAAACUCACCUGUCUGCUGUUGCACUUUAGCUGAUAACAUCAUGAGCCAUUCAGCUGAUGGCUUCAGACUCCAGGGAUACUCUUUAUGAGAUCCCAUCUGGAGGGCUAUAUCUGCUGGGAACAUGUUGUGUACAGUAUUGUAAUGUUAGUGGACACAGAAUAGUGGAUAUUCGUUAAUAAAUAUUCUACCUGUUUCUCAUAAAAAAUGUGAAGAAUACUACAUAACUGAAUUAGAAACAAAAUGCAGUUUACACGGUUAUUUAUUUUCUUGUUGUCUUUUUUCAGGUACAGAAAAAGACAUGAAAUACCUACAAAGGUGGAACAAGGAAUUGCGCUCCUUUAAGCUUCAAGGCAUAUUAAAGAGUCAGAUAAUCAGAAAAGAGAGAAUGUUCAUAUUUGCAUGUAUUCUCAUGUUAAUAGCCUUCAUGGUUUGGCAACAACACCAAUAUGAUGGUAUAUUACCCUCUCCUAAUGGUUAUAAAGUAGAAAGCACCUCUGCCCUGUUAAGUUCAUCAUUUCCAGCUAAAAGGUACCCUCUUGGCUUGGUUUACCCCUAUAACUAUUCUUUUAUUCUCAAUGAACCAGAAAAGUGCAGACAUAAACUUCCAUUUUUACUGCUUCUGAUUUUAUCGCGACCCAGUGAAGUUAUGAAUCGAUAUAUAAUUCGAAAGACUUGGGGAAAUGAAAGCUUGGUACCAGGAGUUUCCAUUACAAGGCUGUUUUUAGUUGGGGUUCCUCUACAGCUUACAGAUCCUUACCAUCAUCGAUUGGAAGAGGAAAGUGCAACAUUUCAUGACAUCAUUCAACAAGACUUUGUAGAUACUUAUGUCAAUCUGACCAUCAAAACAAUGAUGGCAAUGCAGUGGACGAGCACAUUUUGUCCAAAUGUGUCUUAUGUCAUGAAAGUCGACAGUGAUGUUUUCCUAAAUACCAAACACUUAAUCGAGUUCCUUCAUCCUAAAAUGCCACUGAAAACUAACUAUUUUGCUGGUUACAAAGCAUUAAAUGCAAAGCCAGUUCGAAUUAAGGAGAACAAAUUUUAUGUUCCCUUAGAGCUUUAUGAACUAGAAUAUUAUCCUCCAUAUUGCCUAGGGCAAGCAUACACAUUCUCAGGAGACCUUGCAGAGAAGAUUUAUAAUAUUGCUCAAACUAUCACAGCAUUCAACAUAGAGGAUGCAUUUGUGGGACUUUGUCUAAAGACACUAGGAAUCAGCAUUUCAGAUACACCACACUACUUGUUUCAAAUAGAGAAAAUAAACUAUGACAAGUGUCUUUUCCAGAAGCUGAUUUUUGUUCACAGAUUUCCAAUAGAUGAGCUUCAACAAGUCUGGACAGACUUUAUGACAGCCAGUGACAUAUGCUCAAAUCAUAGAAUGUAAUUUGUAGAAUGAUAAAUAAUUGAAGAAUACUGAACCAAUGAGAUGUUACUGUGUCGUACAAGCAUCCCAGGGCAUUUUUCUAAAGCUACCCCAGAAUGCUGAUGUUUGCUGUUUCUUUUUUUUUUUUUUUUUACCAAAAACAUUUUUGUUUUGUUUUUCAAUUAAACAUGAACAAUCAAAAUAUUUCAAACAUGCAAUAUAUACCGAAUAAACAACUAUUUACACAAUAUACAGUCAUCCAUGACAAACAUUGACUUUAUCCAUGACUUCUUCUUCUUCUUUCGGCUUUUCCCGGUUAGGGAUCGCCACAGUGGAUCACCUGUCUGCUCAUGAUUGGCAGUGGAGUUU